AUGGCUUCAAGACCUGGAAUCCUUACUGAUUGGCCAUGGAAGCCUCUUGGAAGCUUUAAGUAUGUGAUACUUGCUCCUUGGGUCAUUCAUAGCUCGUAUUCUGUGUUGACGAAGGAUAAGAAUGAAAGGGACAUAUCCACCUUCCUCAUAUUCCCACUUAUGCUAUGGCGAAUGCUUCACAACCAAAUAUGGAUCACUCUCUCUCGUUACCGAACUGCCAAAGGCAAUGCUAGAAUUGUUGACAAGGGAAUUGAAUUUGAUCAAGUUGAUAGAGAAAGAGAUUGGGAUGACCAAAUAUUAUUCAAUGGGUUCUUAUACUACUUGGCUAGCUAUACCUUGGCUGGGGCGUCACAUCUUCCAAUAUGGAGAACAGAUGGAGUGAUUAUGACAAUACUGCUUCACGCGGGACCAGUGGAAUUUCUUUACUAUUGGUUACAUAGAGCACUUCAUCAUCACUUUCUGUACUCUCGUUACCAUUCUCAUCACCAUUCUUCCAUUGCUACCGAACCCAUAACUUCUGUCAUCCAUCCAUUUGCUGAGCACAUAUCAUAUUUCCUUCUCUUUGCAAUACCCAUGUUAACCCAAGUCCUCUCAAAUACAGCCUCUGUGGUGUCAAUGGCUGGAUAUGUCACUUUCAUUGAUUUUAUGAAUAAUAUGGGUCACUGCAACUUUGAGCUCCUUCCAAAGUGGCUUUUUAACAUCUUCCCCCCUCUCAAGUAUCUCAUGUACACUCCAUCGUUUCACUCUUUGCACCAUACCCAGUUUAGGACAAACUACUCACUAUUUAUGCCAUUUUAUGACUACAUCUAUGGUACCAUGGACAAGGAUUCAGAUCAAUUACAUGAGUCAGCACUAAAACGUGAGGAAGAGACCCCAGAUGUGGUGCACCUAACGCAUCUCACUACGCCUGAAUCAAUCUAUCAUCUAAGGCUUGGAUUUGCUCACCUGGCUUCUAAACCUUACAUGUCAAAGUGGUACCUUAGAUUGAUGUGGCCUGUGACAGCGUGGUCCAUGAUGCUCACAUGGGUCUAUGGUCGUACAUUCAUUGUGGAGAGGAACCGUUUUGACAAACUCAAAUUGCAAAUUUGGGCAAUACCCAAGUACAGUGUUCAAUAUUAUCUGGAAUGGCAAAAGGGGCCUAUCAACAGAAUGAUUGAGGAUGCAAUAUUGGAUGCUGACAGGAAAGGCAUAAAAGUGCUAAGCCUAGGUCUCAUGAAUCAAGGUGAAGAGCUUAACAUGUAUGGAGGGUUAUAUGUUAGUAAGAAUCCAAACCUAAAGGUUAAGGUUGUAGAUGGUAGUAGCCUUGCAGUUGCUGUUGUUCUUAACAGCAUUCCAAAAGGAACAACUCAAGUAUUACUUAAGGGCAAACUCACCAAGGUUGCUUAUGCUAUUGCCUUCACAUUGUGCAAACAAGGCUUUCAGGUCGCCACAAUGCAUGAGGAUGAUCUUGUGAAGCUCAAAAAGUCCUUUAAUAGAUCUGAAAGUAAUUUGAUCAUUGCUAAAAGUUACACUCAGACGACAUGGUUAGUGGGAGAUGGAUUGACAGAAGAGGAACAACUGAAGGCACCCAAGGGAACAUUAUUUAUUCCAUACUCACAAUUCCCACCAAAGAAAUACCGCAAGGAUUGCUCCUACCAUUGCACCCCAGCAAUGCUAACUCCCAGUUUUAUUGAAAAUGUUCAUUCUUGUGAGGAUUGGUUGCCAAGGAGGGUUAUGAGUGCAUGGCGCAUAGCUGGGAUAGUACACUCUUUGGAAGGAUGGAUUGAACAUGAGUGUGGAUACACAAUGCAGAACAUAGACAAAGUUUGGCAUUCAGCUCUUCAACAUGGGUUCCAACCUGUGCCAGUCAAAGAAUUAGCUCAUUAUUAAUGAUCAGUGGGGAAAUUAAACAAUGUG